AAUAGGGAAUGGUAAUGUUAGAAUUUCAACACUAAUCAUGGCCGUGAUUAUUUUCCGGUCACUCUGAAUCCAGAAAUUGUGAAAUGCCAGGAUCGGCGUUAGGGUCAGCCGUUUGUCAAAUCUCGAGAAAUCUUUCCUCUUUCCGGCUCCGGAAUCCUUUUCUUUCUGUUGGCUCUACAUAACGAACCUUCUCUAACAAAGACCCAGUUCGAAAAAUUUCAUCUUUACUCUUCAAAACCCGAAAGCAGCAAUAAAAAUGGCGAUAUUGAUGGGUCUAAGUCUGCAGUGUAUAAUAGAUUUGGUGGUGGCCGGAGUUUCUCUGAUGAUCGGUCUGGGGAUCUUCGUUUUCAUUGCUUCCAUUCUUUGCUCUGCCGCUUUCUUGCACAACGCCAAGGAUGUCUCCUAGUCGGCAUACACCAACAGGGUGAUUAAAUUUGGAAUCUUUAUAGAAAAAGAAAUUAGAAAGUUUUAGAAAAUCAGGUUUAAAAUCAUAUAGGGAUGUUGUUUGAAUUAUUAUGGUCUGGAGUGUCAUAACAGCCAUCUUCACCAAGUGUCACAAUUAGAAGCCAUUAGCCACAUGGUCUCCAGCUUUUACCCCAUUGUCAUCUAUGCUUAGGACAGUACACCAUCAACCUAAUUUGCGGUUUUCAAAUUUGAUGGUCAUUGCUCAUGGAUGAUCCUAAUAAUGUCAAGGCAAUAAAGUUAAUGGUCAGAG